CUGAGUCAGUGAGAGGUGAGUCCCCGACGACGACGAGAAGCAUAUUAUACUAAAUGAGAUUCAAGAUCUCUUGCGUUAUGGAGAACAACAACAUUAAAUCCACACAUUCGUUCCAUAAACAGAAAAAGCUUCGAUUUACAAAGCUUCCAAUGACAAAGUGCUGUAUCUCAGGUUGUCCAGCAAUCACAGAUUCUUUGGUCUGUUUCCCACCAAAACACACAGAAGAGUAUUCAUGUUGGUUAAGGGCAUGCAAAGAGUCGGAAGCCAAUAUAAUCUUCAAACAGAAUCCAAUGAUCUGUGUGCUCCACUUUAGGAGCAUGGACAAAAUGCCAAUCAGAUAUGUAACGGCAAAAGAUUUAGCAAUGUUCAAUGACGAUGUGGAUCGUGUCAAUCAUUGUGUUACUGAGUGGUUACUUUUGGCGAGGAGAAAUGUCCCGGACAUAACGAUUAGCGACGAUGAUGUGUUGAAAAAGGCUAAGGAAAUCGGGAGGGUCUAUCAACUGCCAUAUUUUGAAUUUCACGAUGAUUUUGGUUGGAUUAAAAUCUUUGCAAAUUAUCUUCAGUCAAGGGAAAUCGAAAUGUGGAAUCCUAAAUCGAAGGCAUACCACAUGAUGGACAACAACAGUGAGUAUGAAGAGUCUUCGAUGAUAGAUGAUGGUGAACCUGUACCUGUUGGAGAAUCAAUCAGAACCUAUGAUGAAGCACUGAGCAGAGUUAAGAUUUUGUAUAGUUAUUGUAAGAGAACACAAAAUAAGAGUGCUUUGGACUUAAUUGAGCGGCUAAAUCAUGUCUUGAAAAAACGGGUGUAGGUGCUCCGCAAUUUUUGUUUACUGUAAAUAUUUACAUAAGUAUUUUUAAAUUAUUAUAUUUGUUAGAUACUUAAAUCACUUAUUUUACGUAGGUGCAUAUUUUUGUAUACAAUAGAAUUAAAGUUUAAUGAAUUAUAA